AUGGUGCUGGUACCUAGGCGAUAUGCUAAGGCGUUGAAGCUGACCGCGAUUCUGAUACUGUUUUGUGUCUUGCUUGUUGUAAGCAACAAGUUUAUGGAUAGGAGUCUUUCUGUGUCGGAGUACCGGGAAUAUCUGAAGACAUACUUGGAAAUAGCUCAAAAUGGGAAGCCAAUGGAGGCGCCGUCGUUGGAUCAAACUGGAAGGACGACACACGAUGGGAAUGGGCGGUUGAAGAAGUUUUACGGGCAAGUUUUUGAACUCUUGAAGGAAUACUCGCCGAGCGGAAAAUCAGCGAGAGAGUACAGUAAGCGGUGUAAGCUGGAAGGAGAUAUUGGGUUUCGACCAGAAAAUUACAAAGAUUGGUACAAGCUUACCGGAGAGGAGUUAUCCUCUUGCCUGCUCAUGUCGGGGUCUGAGGUGGAGAAGCUGAAAAAGAGCCAUGCCGGCUACGUGGAGGCGCUGGACGGCUUUGUGCUGCCCAAGGCGUCGUACAAAGGCCGAGGCAUCGUUACCGUGGGCGGCGGUAAGUUUUCUCUGAUGGCGCUUCUGGUUAUAAAGACGUUGAGAAACCUGCAUACCACUUUACCGGUGGAGGUGUUUAUUCCUCCCAGUGACGAGGGCGAGGCAGAACUUUGUAAUGUGGUUCUGCCUCGGUAUAAUGCCAAGUGUAUCUUCCUGUCUGAUAUUCUGCCUGAGUCAUCGUUGGAAAAUUUCGAAUUUACUGGCUACCAGUUCAAGUCGCUGGCGCUGAUAGCGUCCAGUUUCGAAGACGUGCUGUUUUUAGACGCCGACAACUUCCCCGUGAAACCACUGGAUCACAUCUUCGACGAGGAACCUUACGCCUCUACAGGGUUCGUUUUAUGGCCCGAUUUUUGGAGAAGAACGACUCAGCCAGUGUACUAUGACAUUGCUGGUAUCGAGGUGGACAAGCGGAAGCGCUCACGUAACUGUUUCGACGACCUAACUCCACCGGAAGUGUACACUCCGAAUAUGAACGACCUGUCCCAGGUGCCGUUCCACGAUCUGGAGGGCGCUAUUCCGGAUGUCUCGACCGAAUCUGGCCAGCUAAUGAUCAGCAAGUCUAGACAUCUGGGUACAAUCCUACUUGCUCUCUACUACAACGUUAAUGGGCCAAGUUGGUACUACCCGAUGUUUUCUCAGAGAGCCGCUGGCGAAGGUGACAAGGAAACGUUUCUCACAGCUGCAAGCUUCUAUGGGUUAUCGUUUUAUCAAGUAAAAAGUGCCACAGGCGUUGAGGGCUAUCAUAGGCCGGACGGAGAAGGGUUUCGCGGUGUCGCGAUGUUGCAACACGAUCUCAAUCAAGACUAUGCGCGCUAUAAGGCUGCUGCAAAAGCCAUCGCAGCCAAAUACCAAUCGAAUACGGCAAUCGAAUUUGACAAAUCUUACUCUCUACAAGAAUUUUACAACACAUAUUUCGGUGCUAGUGAACCAAAGUACCCCAACGAAGUCGACGUCAUGUUUGCCCACUCAAAUACUCCAAAAUUCGAUCCCUAUAUGCUAUGGAAGAAUCAAGAUCUGAUCUACCAGAAAAAGCACAUCCGAUCAUACACCGCACUGAGCAAAAUAAACUACUAUGACCUGGAACUGGAAAACUUCAGAGCCAUGAAUCAAUACCUAUGUGUCAAGCGAACUUCUUUCAAGUAUCUUGAUGAGAAAGUAAACGGCCCGGAAGAGUGGGCUUCUAUGUGCGAAUAUAUCAAAGAUCGGCUGACCUUCUUGGAGGCCACACACACCCAAGCAGUGUCGCCGUCUAACUGA